AUGGAUGUCCAAUAUCAGAGAAAUAGCUUUGAGGAAGCCAUAGCUGCUCAUGAAGCUAGGUUCAUAAAUGACGUGCAGAAAGUGCGAAAAUGGAAGUCUGCGUUAUUUGAAGCCGCUAGUUUGUCAUCAGCAUGGCUUUUCGAAAAUGGGUAUGAAUGCGGGUUUAUUGAAAGGAUCGUUGAAGAUGUCUAUGCUCUGCUUCCUCCUAAACCAUACCAUAACAUGGAACGCAUGGUUGGACUUGAGCCUCGGGUAGAAGAAAUGAUCUCGCUUCUAAAUAAAUCCGACCAAGGCGCUUGCAUGUUGGGGAUUCAUGGAAUUGGUGGAAUUGGCAAAACCACCCUCGCAAAAGCUAUCUAUAAUUCAAUCUUCUACCAAUUUGACGCCGGUGCAUGUUUCUUGUUUGAUGUAAAAGAAGCAUCAAAGAAAUUCCAGGGCGUUGUUCGUCUUCAACAAAACUUCUAUGAGAUUCUUGAGGAAAAGAGCAUGAAGUUUGGUAGUGCUGACGAAGGAAUAUUUAAAAUAAAACACAGACUCUCUCAUAGAGAAGUUUUGUUGGUUCUUGAUGAUGUUGAUGAGAUUGAACAAUUAGAGCAACUUGCAGGGGGUUGUGAUUGGUUUGGUUACGGAAGCAAGGGUGGUCGCAAUAUUGAAGGAAUAAUGUUUGUUCCGCCUCAACAACAAGAAGUGGAGUAG